AUGUCAACCGAUAGUUUUCCUACCGAGUACUAUGUAAACUCCAUUGUCCGAUUCCUGGACACUAUAGAGUACAAGGAUGAAAACUAUACGGCUGAGGAGCGUAUCGACAAGUUGCACUAUGCAUACAGCAAGACCGCACAGCACUUUGCUCAGCCAUCCCGACAGAAAAACAUCAAAGCCAGUCCAAAGAGGCUUCAGGCCUCUCUUCAAACUAUUGUUGCCAUGGUGGUUUACAGCUGGGCCACGGCAUCCAAGGAGGUCAUGGCAGACCUGAGCAUUCAUUACACCUACAUGCUUAUCCUAGAUGACAGCCAUGAUGAUCCCUCGGAGAGCAUGAAGACAUUUUAUGAUAAUGUUCUCUCGGGGAAACCACAGGAGCACCCUUGGUGGCAAAUGGUCAACGAGCAGUUUCCCCAGGUGCUGUCUCACUAUGGACCGUACUGCGGUCUGAACAUGGUCCGCUCCACGAUGGAUUUCUUUCAAGGAUGCUGGAUUGAGCAGCACAACUUUAUGGGGUUCCCCGGCUCCUACGACUACCCCAACUUUUUGCGCCGCAUGAAUGGGCUCGGGCAUUGUGUCGGUGGAUCCAUGUUUCCCAAGGAGCGAUUUGAUGAGACUGAGCUCUUCAAGGAAAUCACGGCAGCCAUCUCGCAAAUGGAAAACUGGAUGGUCUUUGUCAACGACCUCUUGUCGUUUUACAAGGAAUUUGACGAGCCGCGCGACCAGACCAGCCUGGUCAACAAUUAUGCGCAGUGCAACGAAAUCUCACUGGAAAAGGCCCUGAAAAGGGUAACCGACGACACAAUCACUGAUUCCCAGCAGCUGAUCAGCGUGUUCAAAGACAAAGAUGCCAAGAUGAUGCACACCCUGCGAACAUUCUUCCAGGGCUACGUGACGUGGCACUUGUGCGAUCCGCGCUAUCGCCUGCAGGAGCUCAACUCCAAGAUUGGCGAGGACUCUGAAGCCAGUCAAAAGCUUCGCGAGUACCUAAAGUCGGCCAAUGCUGUCGGAACGGUCAACCCGCGAGAGUGGGCGUACCCCAAGGUGACCGAAUUGGUGGCCGAGAGGCAGAAAAAGCAGGCGGAUAGGGAUGUCAAGACUUAUGUGUUGUCUGGGAACUCUUCGAUUUUAACACAUGUCGCUUGGGGCAAGGCUGCGAGCGCCAAUUCGGGGAAUGCAGUGCAUCAAAAGCUGCCAUAG